ACUCAUCUGCAAAGACUUGUCUGCACCUCUUGAAGUGUGACAACUUACUGCUGCUGCAUUAACAUCUCAGAACAUCAGACACAGGAUGAGGACGAUGGCUUCUUUCAUGUGCAAGACGCUGACUUUAUUCAUCAUCUGCAUGGCUCUGCAAGAGAGUUGUGGACUCCCCUUAUCAGACCAGGCAGAGCUGCCACCUCAGGCUCCACGCCAACACAGAGUCAGGACCAAACGCUGCUCCUGUAACAGCUGGGAUGAUAAAGAAUGCAUCUACUUCUGCCACCUGGAUAUUAUCUGGGUCAACACGCCAAGUAAGCUCAUUCCUUAUGGCCUUGGAAGUCCCCUGUCUCGCCGCCGCCGCCGUUCAGCUGAGCGAUGCGAAUGCCACAACACAGCCGAUAAAACCUGCUCCGGCUUCUGCCAUGAAAGCUCAAAGAAUCCAAGGACGGAUGUCGUGGGCCCAUUGGUGGAGUCUGCAGGCACAAGCAGCAACAAAUUGCUGGAAUCUUUUAGAUCUGUGGUCAAGUCUAACGUUGCGAUCGUAAACAGAGUAAACAGACUGAGCAGCAGAACAAGGACGUAGUGGACUGUGCAAACACCAGAAGCAGUUCAACCUCCAUGGAUUCAAACCUCCAUGGGCUGGAGUCUCGUCCAGCUACCUUCAAUGCCAGCAUCAGGGUUUUGGAAGGUGUUAAGAGUCUUACCAACUCUGGGGAUGUGGAGCUGGAAGGAUAAAAGAAGCAGUGGAUCCACCAUUUGAUCAACAUGGCAGAGCUUCGAAGGACUGGCAGCCCACAGAGACAGAAGCCCCACAGCAGGAACAAUGCUGGGUGGAGACGUCUAGAGUUAUUUAUUCAACUCUCUUUGAACAUUUCUUGAAACAUGGAAGCCUGGUAGCUGUCCUUUUUGGGAACCACAUCAAGAAAGUUUACACCGACAGAUCAGUCACUUAUCCAGGGUUUUUGGUUUUAAGAGCACUCCUGCGACUCGUCUGAAUGGACAGUUUAUAAUCCACAACUCACCUGCACUGAAGAGUAUAGCUUCAUUACAUAUUCCAGAGUCAUAUCAGCUCUGUAUGUAGUUGGGAAUUGUUUGUCAAUGUUUACUCUAGUGUUCUUCAUAUUAAUCUUUUAUAUUCCUCUGUAUCAGAGCUGGAAUCUGCUGCUCUACCUAGUCUUUAGGGCAAAUAAGCAAAUUGCUUUUUAAUUAUCAGGCAGUACUUGAACGUGGCAACUUGUUCACUCUUGGCACAUUUGGCCUCAGAGAAAUGAAGGUCAUCUCUUUGGGAUUUAUCUCACACACAAUUAGCUUUUAUACAAGGUCUAUUGUCAGCUCCUCUACACACACACACAUAUUCAGUUAACUUUCUGCUAGCAUAACAACAACAUUAGGUCUAUUGUGUUGGACCAAGUGUUUAUUACAUAGCUCCAGUUUAAUGUUUUGAUUUUAAGAUAAGCGAGAAGGUUUCAAUGGCAUGCAGUUUGCCAAAAAAUGCAACAAUUGUUAUUCUCCCCUGACAAAUGUUCACUUAAUUCCUCUGUAAUUAGCCACUGGGGAACAAUGACUCUCGACUUGUGUUAUGCACUUCAAAAGCUAUUUGUCCUGCACUUUUUCCUGUUCCAUGAAUCAAUUCGCUCCAUUUGAUUGUAGUCAACUCACAGACACAUGGAAAUAUAAACCUUCGUUGUACAUGAAAAUAUUCAUCCAGUUUACCGCCUUAAACAUGUACUGUUAAAUGCUGAAUUGUAUAUAGAAUUUAUUUAUUCUCUAACUUAUUCAGAGAUGUAUUUAUAUUUGUAUGAA